UUUGCGUCAGUUUUCUUAUUCCACAGCGAAAAGAAACCACUGUAACCGUAAAACAGCACGCUCCUAUUCAAGCUAAACAGCCCCAUAAUCACCUUUCACAGCUCUAUUGAAUUCUGAGGAUAGAAAUGACGUCCGCUCUUCUUGAAUCUUCGCGAGCCGGUGAAAUCCCACCACCUUUUAUUGUUCGGGCUCUAGAGAUUCCUCACAACAAUCUCACGCCGCACAAGGCGAAACGCCAACACCAUAUGGACAAUUUCCUCGAUUCUGGUGUGGUCGAGGGGGGGCUUCAACUCGAAGUUCGAGUUGCGAUGGCGGCGAGGACGAGAAAGAUGCUGCGAGCCGCGCCACGUGCUCCGUCGCAGUCCCUCUGGGACGAGCUGAUAAAGUCGCGGCGCGCAGAAAACAGCUUCCACCAUCAAUAUGACAGCGUGGUUCCGUCUGCGGCGGCACGGCUGCCGUCGGAUUGGGCGGGAUACUUCUCGCGGCUUGACUCGUGCCGACUCGAAGCUCGCGCCGGCCCUGCCCCGUCCCUUUUCCAUCAUCGCGAGCCGUUGCGAGACGUCAAGUCGUCAAAGGAAGCAGUUUCGCCGCGAGUGCUGUUCACGUCGCAAGGCACCAGCGGAGUUGUCACCACCGGCGUGACUAGCUAUGAAUCUUCAUUACCGUCGCCGUCGCCGUCGCGGCAGCCAUGGCCCUUCGUGUGCACAGUCUGCGGCUCGAGAUUCGCGUCGCUGCAAGCCUUGGGCGGCCACAAGUCGGCGCAUCGCGACGGCAGAAAUGUUGGCGGCAGAACGCUGGGCGACAGCGGCGGUAAGACGAAGGGCGCUUCGACUAUUGUGGGUGGCAAACUGGUGCACGCCGGAAAGCGCGGCUUCGAAGCCCUGAAGCAUGAAAGCGAGCGCAACGACUCGGAAAGCGACGCAGCUCGUGCCAGUGACGCAAAGCGGCGGCCUGCCGUGCUGAUUGGCAAGGUGGAAUCGCCCGAAUCGCCCGAAUCGCCUCCUCGAACUCACACUCGGAGCUCAGGCGCCGGGGAAACGAGGCAGAACGGUGGACACCAGAGUGGGACCAUGGACCCAGAGAGAGCAGCGAUUUUGGCGGGUAUUCGCCAAGAGCUGACUCGACUCAAGCGCCAGAAGGUGUCCCACGUGGCAGAGGUGCCUGCAGGAGCCGUUUCAUCUGAGGGAUGUGAAGCUGACGUGGCGAAACUUGAAGCUGACGUGGCAACAGUUGAAGCUGACGUGGCGACACGUUCAAUUUCAGCUUCAAGUGCAGCAAUGGGUGGAUGCGGUGAGAUGGUGCGGGCUGAAGAGACCGAGGAGCAGCAGCAGCAGCAGCAGCAGCAGCAGGAGGAGGGGGGGAAGAAGGAGGACGAGCAAGAGAAAGAGCGAAAAGAGCAGCAAGAGCAGAGAGAGCUGAAAGAUAGUAACGAUGCUGCCUUUGGAACAGUGGAGUUGGAACUUUUUCGCUUCACAGGGGUAGGCACUGAGAUGGUGUGGGGCUCUAGUAGGGUGGAUGGCACCCUCCCUGUGCUCCCAUGCUCCUUGUGCCGCCCUGGGAGUGCUUGUGAGGAGGAGCAAGGUCUACCGCUUUGCACCGCUGUGCACCCUCCUGCACCAGCUCCAGUGGUAGACCUGGCCUUGCACCUCUGAGGAUACCUACCUUGCAUUGUUGUGCUCCAUGAUGAUGGAUACCUACUGUAGGUAGUCAGUGGAUGGAUGUAUAGCUCUUUUUCGCCCCGGCUGGGGUGUAGAACUCUGGCUGGGAUGCGGUAGUACAUUGUCACAGAAUGCUUCUUCCCUAGGUACAAACCGUACGUUUGUGCAUUCUGCUGAUUCAUGACUGACUAAUAAUU